AUGGGUAGAAGGAAGAUCGAAAUAAAAAAAAUUGAAAAGAAAAGCAGUCUGCAAGUAACAUUCUCGAAGCGGAGAACGGGCCUGUUUCGAAAAGCCAGCGAAAUCAGCGUUCUCUGCGGUGCGGAAAUCGCAAUUCUCGUGCAGUCUCCGGCGAAUAAGAUCUACUCGUACGGCCACCCCUCCGUCGAAACUUUGCUCCACCGCUACCAGACCGGAGGUGGCGGAGGCGGCGGCGCAGCCUUGAAUAUUAUCCCUUACAUGGAAGACGGCAGGGAUAAGUACGAUGAAGCUGUAAGGAAACUCGAAAUCGUAAAGAGAUCAGUGAAGCAAGAGAGUAGUAUUAGUAGUACAAGAUUCUGGUGGGACGAACCGAUGGAGGGGCAUGGAACUUUACGAACUUGA